AAAGAAAAUAGUGUGUUGUAUCUCUCCAUAAAAACAGAGUAAUUUCUGAGAUGGUAGGAUGCAUAAGAUGUGGGCUGGAGGAAAGGGAACAGACAGUAAGGGCACACGGUUGUAUGCAACACAAUGCACGAUUGCUUUUAGAGAUUCUUUGGAAUAUUUGGAAAGGAGGGCUCUUCUGAGAAUGCUAAUCUCUAUAAUUUUGGGCAGAGAGAAAGGGUAGGAGAGAAAGCAUGUCACAAUAUAUUUCAGAUGCUGUUAUUUUAGGAAAGGACCAUUGAAACUCAGUACCGCUAGUGCAUCUGCUGUGUGUGUCUCUGUGUAUGUGUAAGGCUGAAGAGGUGAAAUGUCCUCGGUUCAUUGCUGUUGUUUAAAUCUAUGAUUUAUCAUCAAGGUCACACCAAGAGAGAAUACACCUCCACUUUAAAUUUGGUGACACCUGUUUUCCAUGCCAGGGCAGAGGAAUUGUCAGAAUGGAAUGCAAGCCUUAGGUAAUGAGUCUUACAGUAGUAUGGACAAGUCAGACAGUGAAUCACUUUUGAAUCUCUUUUCCAUGAAAUAUUUUUAUGAGGAUGUAUGUGACAAACAUUGCAGUAACACGUAUGGGUGUCCCUCUAGUGCUUUAAGCAAACAUUUUGCAUUCAUUAGCUCAAUGUAGUAUCUAACCUUACUAAAAGCUGAGAUGCUUUCCGAUUAAUGUAUUUAGCCUGAUAUCAUUUGCAAAUAACUUGAAAGCAUUUGUGGUCUUGAGACAAAGAAAUGAUGCAACUAUCACCACUAUCAUCUUAUUUUUGCGAGGAAGAAGAAUACCAUAGAUGAGAUUUUAAAACAUGACACAUUAAUACGUCCUGGGCAUAGGUGCCCUAGACAUAAGAUCAUCAAUUAUUUUUGUUGGUUGCAUCAUGAAUGGAAAUCAGUCUGGUCAUGUUCUUGUGUUUAAAAUAAGUAAAUGUCCUAUAUUCAACAAUUGCACAGAAUGUCAGCAGAAGUAGUAGUAUGCAAUGAAUUUAAAGCAAAUGCUUUUUUUUAAAGUGAUAAAAAUGUCAGAAAGAGCACAUCAAAAAGCAUGAUGUACAACAGCCUGGCUGUUUACCCUAACAUAUUCCAAGUAGCCUAUUUUUUAAGGAAAACUGAACAAAACAAUUUCUCAUUUUGAAAAGAAGCUCUUUCCUGUUUCUUCCAGUACCUUUGUGAAAUAAAAUGUGGAACUCCUUGUUUUGUAAUGGGAAAAAAAAGCUACCCCCCCCAAUCAUUUGCCUGCAGAGACUGAAAAGCGUAACUACUGAGCUAUGGUUUCUAGAUUUGCUUAAUUUAUACUGGGGGCAGGGGGGAAGAGGAAGAACAACAGUAAAAAUAAAAAGUCUGAAAAACCUUUGGAAAAGACAAUAGCCAAAGAUUCAAAUAUGGAGGUAGAAGCAGGUUUUAAUCAUAACAUUGUUAGAAAAAACUGCAGAAAGACUUGUCAGGUUGCAAUUCAUCCUAGUCUUGUCAAUCACCAUUAUUGCCAGGCACAAAAAUGAAGCUGAAGUGCAUAUGAGAAGUUUUUACAUAGAAGUUGUAGAAUAUUGUCACUAACCCACCCCCACACACCCAUUUUAUUUCAUACUGACAAAAGCUGAGAUGAAUGAGUUGUCUGGCCCUUCCCACUUUGUAUAGUCAUUGGCUGGCUUGGUUCUAAAAAGGAUUUAAAAAAGGGGAAUAAUGUGCCUUUGCCUGGGAUCUGAGACUGUCAGGGUGCUGAAAAGCUAAUCUGUGAGCUGCCACCAUGCAGAUCUCUUGGGCUGUGUGCUCUGUCUGUGUCUUAAUACAAAUUGCAUUUCGAUCUGUGGAAGGGUGGCAGAUGUUUAAAAAUGAUGCUACUGAAAUCAUUCCUGAGAUCACUGAAAAUACAGAAACACCAAUGGAGCAGACUUUCAGCAACAACAACACAAUGAACCAGGCAAAGCAUGGAGGAAGACACAUACCACAAGCUCCAGACCCUAACGAUGCUUCCGACUUCAGCUGCAGAGAAAUGCGAACCACCCGCUAUGUCACAGAAGGGCCUUGCCGCAGCAUCAAGCCUGUCAAGGAACUGGUCUGCUCUGGUCAAUGUGUCCCUUCGCACCUCCUUCCCAACUCUAUUGGUAGAGGGAAGUGGUGGCGUCAGAAUGCCCUGGAUUAUCGCUGCAUUCCUGCUCACACUCGCAUGCAGCGCAUCCAGAUGGCUUGUCCCGAGGAAGAGACUCGGACUUACAAAUUCCGAGCUGUCACAUCCUGCAAAUGCAAGCGCUACACUCGCUACCACAACCAGUCUGAGCUGAAGGACUUUGGAAAGGAAACUGUCAGGCCUCAGAAGAACAAGAAGCCCCGUCUCUCCAGAGCCAGGAGCAGCAAAUCUAACCAGCAUGAGUUAGAAAAUGCUUAUUAGAAGGUGGCUCUGAGUGAUACUGCCUAGCAGCUCUGGAUGUUUUACAAAACAUCAAAUGGCACUCACAGGCCACAGCAUGACAUUCUGACUGCAGUAGGUUCCAAUUCCUUCUGCUAAGCUGGGUCCAAGGCUCACAUAGUCAAAAAAAUCUGUCAGAUUGUAGCAGUUAUGGUCUGAUAAGAGAAUGAGAUAAGCCGAGCUGGAGGGAGCAACACCUAAAUUCAGUCUGAAAGGACAGGUACACCUUGGAGAUUCAUGUGAGGUCAUGUGGCUUGUACAAGUAGGAAUGCAGAGGGAAGUGAAGCUGUUACGGCAACAAUCACACUUUGUUAGAAGUUGUUCUACUCAUGUUAUGUGAAAAGAACACUGAGAUCCCUUUCCCACUUUUAUAAGUGCCAUGAUGCAGGACAAACAUGUGAUUAAGGAAGCACCAGCAGAGUUACCGCUCUCUGAAUGAGUUGUAGAAAGUUAGUGAUAGCAGGGAUUUCAACAGUUAUGGUGACUGAAGUCAAAUUGUUGGGAAAUUAACAUCCUGUGAGAUGUCCUCAUGCUCCAGUUGUUUCCUCUAAAACACAAAAAUCAAAAUAUGGCACUCGUGUUCUCAAAAGUGUGACAAAGCUAUUUCAUACUUUUGAUUAAAAGACUGUAGGUUCAACAGAUUCAAAAACUGAGAUUUGACAACUAAAACCAUACUUGUUUUAGGGACAAUGAUUUGUUUCAGGAACAAUUAAACAAAUUCCACUAAGUGGAGCAGAUUUAUGAAAUAGAUGCUCGUCUCAAACCAGAUAACCUCACUGAUGUUUGUCCUGUAAACAGCUAAUGAUAUGCAUAAUUUAACAUAAAAGAUACUGAUUAUUCCUUAUUUCCUAGAACACAAUUGACUUUAGUAUCAGCUUAGAUAUCUCAAUUUACUUUUUCUAUUCUGUAGAGUUUGGAUUAUCUGGCCACACACUUUGUAGUGCUAAGACUGUGCAAGCCAAGUUCUGUAAGUAAGGUGCUGGUUCUGCAUUAAAAGUGAGCCUCUGCUAAUUUUAAAGUCAUUAAUUCCUCUAGACAAGUCUUUGGUGUGUGCAGCUUUGGUAAGUCUUUAGUUUGACAGCAACUUUCCUUUACUUAGCUUCUCAACAUUCAGACUAAUGUUUGUGUUUUUAACAUUAAAGAAUAUUAUUAGAAAGUGAAUCGUCACAUGCUGUAUAUAUCCUGUAGAAGUGCUAAGCCUAGUAUCAGAUGAACACAGUUUGGGAUGAAGACAGUUCCUCACUGUUCUUAUUUUCUAUGUAGAGUUUAUGCUGAAGUCAUAUAAACUAUGGAAAUUUGCAAUGUUGAUAGAUUUUGCAAUUAUUUUAUGUGGGAACAGAACCUAGAGAGAAAAGAUAUUGUUUCAGAAAGUGAAUUACAUAUUUAUUUUUUUUCUCAGAAAUUAUUUAUGCAAUGUUUUUCCUUGUAGAGAAUGAGAAAGUAAUAAUGC